AUGGCAUACAUUGCGAAUUGCAGCUUCUCCCUUCUGCUGUGGUUUCUCCAGAUCCUGGUGUCUGAACAGAGACGUGCAGAAGAUGCUUGGGGCCGCUUCAAGGCCGAAGGCUGUGACCUCCUUCAUCCUAUGGAAGGUCUGAAGUGGACACAGUCUCAGAAGUUGGGGAACGACACUAUUUACACAGGGAACUUGACGGUGCCCUUGAGCCCUCAUGUCGAAGACAAAGAUGACACGCCCUUCUUGGAUCUUCUGGUGAUGCUGAGGGUGUCUCCGGGGGGUGCGGAGCCUGUUUUGCAGCAUUGUGGGGGCCCCGGGAGUGAUGCGACCUGUGUUCUGUUGGGGGACAACAUCCCUGGUUAUGCGGGGAUUUCGAUUUCACAGCGUGGCAUCGGAGUCACCGCCACUCCCAACUUCGAGUGCGAUCCGCUUCACAUGAAGCUGCCUGCCAACGGCAAGUUGCAUUACGAGAUCUCGGACUUCACCGACUGCCAGUGUGCGUUGCCAGAUGGCACGCCUUUGGUUGGCCAAUCAUUUGCGAAUUUGGACCCCCAAAAUGAUUCGCAGGUUGAGGUCCUUUUCGAAGGUAUGGCCUUCCGCUCCCGCCGAUGUGCGGCCGACAGCCGGUGGAUCCUGACCGGACCGAGAGGGAAGAAGUACAACUUCCUCGAGUGGUCGGGGACGCGCAUGCUGGCCCAUGACAUCGACUUCCUCCGAAGCCGCAUUUGCGCGCCAAAGCUGAACCUCUAUGCUAUAUCCUAUGGCACAGCGGUGGCAGCUGUGUAUGCAGAUAUGUUCCCCGAGCGAGUUGGCAAGAUGGUAAUCAACGGCAACAUGCCACCAGUGCCCUACACCCUGGACUUUGCGAAAGGGCAGGGGAUGGCGUUAACGCAGGCUUUCGGGCAUUUGGAGCGGCUGUGUGUGAAGUGGACCUCGACCCAUCCCUGCGAUUACUUCAGCGACGAGAUGUCACUGACAAAGGCAUGGAAGGGUCUACUCGGCGAGAUGAGGGCCAGGCGGCUCACGGCCCCCACUAACCGUCCGAGUCCACUGGGCGGCAACGAGAGCUUCCCUUUGACGAUCGGCCUGCUCCAGGGUUAUAUCCAGGAACAAAUGAACCAGGCAGGUUAUGUGCCUACGGGCUGGGCGGAGCCUGUUCUGACACUCGCGAACCUUGCGGGCAUGCGUGGACAAGAAGCUCGGGUGGAUCAGGUCGCCAAGAUCUUGGACCGGUACUGCAGCCUGCCCGCGGGAUACCCCUUCGAUUGGAGUGGCUUGAAGACGUGGAGGAUCUACGGCGCCUGCAUCGGCCAACAGUCUCUUGGCCUCUCCAGCUACGACGCCAAAGCCGGGACGAAAAGUCUUGAUGGCUAUGUCAACGAGGGGGCAGUACUCGGUCAAGACCUGUUCGGUCGCUUUACGGUUGCCCAGGCCAUGGGUGUGUAUCGCACGUUCCGGGCUGAAUGGGAGGAGAUGGCUACCAGUUCCUUCGUUGGGAUCUUCAGCGCUUUCUUCUCUUGGGAGGCGGAACCCGUGCCAGUGCAGACGGGCUUCCGUGCCGGCGUGCGGGCACUCGUGGUGGGGAAUUUGUACGACUCAGCUUGCAGCUACACCUGGAGCAACCACAUGCGUGAAUCCCUGCCGAAUGCUGUGAUGAUGACCUGGCAGGGUGUUGGGCAUUGCCUCCUGCCUGAGGGCAGUUAUCCGAACAGCGGCAUGCAGCCCUGCUUGAACCGCUUGGAGCAGUAUUGGAUGACUGGUGAGCUGCCCUUCGAUGGCUUCACCUGUCGAACAGAGGCUCCUGUCCCCCUCGGCAACUUCCGCACAGAGACUCAGUGA